AGCAAUUCGACCCCGAGCGGAUUAAAAAACUACAAUCUGCGGGUUGGGUGUUGGGAGUGUCCGCCACGAAUCCCGAAUGAAAACACCACCUGGGUUCAAGCACUUUUUGACCAGCAGUUUUUGUUUUGAUUCGUCAGCCGAGGUUCGCGUUUUAUCAGCGUUUUAUCGCAGGAUUUUAUUGGUGUUUCUGUAGUUUUGUGUAAAACAGCGGUGCAGAAUGGCUUCACAGAUUCCUCCAAACAACCCGCCUUCGUACGAUCAAGUGAUGGCGGAAAGCGUAACUGGACCCAACAACGGAGCUGCAGCUGCACUCCCGACAGUCACCGUUUUGCAACCUACUGCACCGAUCCUGGGACCGGCCUCCGGUUCAUAUCCACGCCAAGAGUAUUCCACACAGACCACGGGAGUGCCUUACUAUGGUGCAAUGGAUGGCAACAAAGCCACGACGGUGCAGGUCCUCCCACCAACCGUCCAGGCCGUUCCAGUAUCGCAAGUUACACAACAAAUCAUCGUCGUGAAUGGGUGCCCGGCGUGUCGCAUCGGAAUGCUCGAGGAUGAUUUCUCCUGUCUGGGCAUUUUCUGUGCCAUAUUCUUCUUCCCGCUCGGGAUUCUGGUCUGUCUGGCGCUGCGCAAUCGGCGAUGCACAAACUGCGGAGCCCAAUUCUAGGGGCUGGAUCGGGUGGGGUAGGUAGAAGAGAGGUUGUUCGUCGAACAACCAGCCAUCCGGCUAGCGUAGCAACGGUGGCCAAGCGUAACCCGUAUGUGAUACAUCAUCAAACGCGCGGCGAUGUAAUGCAACAUAAUCGAAUAUUGAAAACAGGACAACAUCAUGCUUUAUGCUGUACGCGGUACAAGGUUAUUGGAACGUUUUCCACCAUUAUUACAGUACUCUCUGUUUUGUAUUCCCGUUUCUUGUCAUUUAGAACGCCAAAUAUAUGAAUUAUAUUGUAACUAA